AGCAAUUCUCUUCCUUUUCAAUCUGCCUCUCACUGCUCAUUUACAGCCAGGCUCCAGGCAUAGUCUACACCAACCCCUGCACCAAAGUUCAGCUCUGUGAAGAGAAGGGAGAGGCUGCUCAUUUUGGUAAAGCCACACUGCCCAGACUGGCCAGAAGCUGCACCAGAAAAUGGCAGAAGAAAACCUUGGAGAGUGUCCUGAAAGUAUGAACCAGGAGACAAGCCAUGGUUAUGGAAACCAAGACCCCAGGAAAAAGCAACUGAGACUUGUCCUGGUGGGUAAAACAGGAGCUGGGAAAAGUGCGACAGGGAACAGCAUCCUUGGAAAACGAAUAUUUGAGUCAAGACUAGCAGCAAAGUCAGUGACCAAGAUCUGUGAGAAAACAAGUAGAUUAUGGAAUGAGAAAGAAAUUGUAGUUGUUGAUACUCCUGGUAUUUUUGACACUGAUGUGUCUGAUGUGGACACAUCAAAGGAGAUCAGCCGCUGCCUCCUUAUGUCCUCCCCUGGGCCUCAUGCCAUCAUCCUGGUGGUUCCACUCAGUCGUUACACCAAAGAGGAGCAAGAUGCAGUUAAGAAGAUCCUGGGAAUUUUCGGUCCCAGUGCCAGAAAAUACAUGAUCCUUCUAUUUACCCGGAAAGAUGAUUUGGAAGGUACUGAUUUAAAUAGAUACUUGAGUGAAACUACAGAUAAAGAUUUAAAAGAACUGAUAGACCAGUUUGGUGGAAAGUAUUGUGGCUUCAACAACAGGGCCACUGGCAGUGAGCAGGAAGCCCAGCUAACAGAACUUCUGAUCUUGGUUGAGCAGGUAGUGCAGAUGAAUGGGGGCUCUUGCUACACAAACAAGAUGUAUAAAGACACUGAGAAGAAGAUUAAGGAAGAAACUGAAAUCCUGCAAAGAGCUUACAUGCAAGACCUGGAAAGAUUUAAAAAGGAAAUACGGCAGGAAUUUGAAGAAGAAAUCAGAAACUUAAAGAAUGAACUGGAGCAGAGAAAAAGAAGAGAACAAAUGGAUAGGAUGAUUGCAGAAAAAGAAGUUUUCUAUGAAACGAGGCAGAGAAAUGCCAGAGAUGAGGUUGUGAACAGUAAUGGGUUCUUUGAAAGCUUCCUGAAAGUGAUGACCUUAUUAGCUUCUGACCUGAUUAAAUUUUUAUUUAAGGAUUAAGGAACUUGGCAAAACCAUCUUUUGCUUUCUGAUACUUUCCCUGCUUCUUUCUUUCUCUUUUGGUUAUUGAUGAAUAAUCUGCCAUCUCAAGUUCAUCCUAUCACUCUUACUUCAAGGAUGAAGACAUUUGCAAAACUUUAGUCAUCAGAAAUCCCCUAAUAUUGAAGCCAAUAUUUUAGUCUGAAAAAAAAGGGAAGAGAUUCAUUUCCUGUGAAAAUCUGCAAAAGUCUCCCUGAACUAGAAAGUUUCCCUCUAUGAUCCAGAGGAGGAGAAAAGGAACCAAAGUAAAGCUAGUUUCAAUUCUCCACACCCUCCUUUCUAGAAAGGGAACAUAUCUGCAUGGCAUCUCUUACUUGAAUUUCAAUUGUUACCAUUAUCAAUAUGACCAAUAGCUGACAUCUGUGAAAGGCUUUGGGCUUGCAGAGCACUUUACAUAGUGUUUAUAUACAAACGUGUGGUUACAUUCAAAUAAUAGUUACAUAUGAUCAUUUGAUUUGAUCCUCAGAACAAUUCAAUAAAAGAGAUACCAUGAUCCAUAUUUCAUCAAUAAGAAAACUAAGCCUGGAAAUCUAAAUGACUCAUUCAUUAUCACAGGGUUAGUAAGUGACUGAGGUGGGAUUUGAAUUUAAGACUUUCUGUCUCUUAGUAGGGCAUUCCUAUGCACUAUAUCACCUACUUUCUAGUUUCACAUUGACUAUCACAUCACAUCCUUGCUACUCAUCUUAACAAGUGGCAUUUAUGAAGGGAAGAAAUGAAAUCCUGUUGUAUUCAUGUUUCUUCAUCCUAAACUGGAAUCACCCUUGUUUUCUGCUUUGUAAUGAUCCCUUCUCUCUCACUGCCUGUUCAGUAAGAUUAUCAAAAUUCUGUAUCAUUGACUAUCAUGUUACUAGUAAUUAUGAUGCCAGUUCAUUUAUGUAGCUCUUUAAGAUUGACAAGCCUUUCCUCACAGCAACCCUGUGAAAUAAUAUUGCAGGUAUUAGAGGUGAGAAAACUAGCUCAAAAAAGAAAAGAACUGGUUUUUCCCAUUGUCAUGAAAGUUCUUAGUGGAAGGGUUAGAAUACAAGCCUGGGUCUCUUCUGAUUUCAAGGUCUGCUUCUUUCUGCUAUGCCACGUCAUCUCUUCCAUUAAAUAGCUCCACCAGAUGUCUCAGAAUUCAAUUGUCUUGUGCCAGUUUUAUUCAGAGAAUAACACUGGGGCAAGUUAGAAUGACAAAUCAUUAUUAACUCAUAGACAACGAAUGACUCUGACUCAACAAUUGAGGAGGCAAUGUGAUUUAAUAUGUUCAUUUCACUGUUAGGUGAAUGUCGUGAUCUUAAUAAAAUUUGAACUUUCUGGCUUUGCCAAGC